AUACAAUUUUACCUGUAUCAGCUCAAACUACAUGGAAAUUCUGAUGAAAUUACAAGUUUUCUUCUUUCCUAGUGUGUUUUGGUCAUUAAUUUCACGGGUUUUUGUAUGUUAAACAGUACUGAUUAUGUUGCAGUUCAGAUUUUACCAUACAGUGAGACUGAUUUCUUGAUAUAAUUUUUUUUAUUUAUUCCCCUUUUUGCCGAUUCAUUCAAGCAGUUUAAGUCGAUCCAUAGAAUCUGAUGUUGCAGACAAUGAAAAAGAAAUAGUUGUUUCUCUAAGACACAGAGGGGAAAGACUGGUCAUUUUCAUGGAAAGGCUCUGUUUUAGGUCAUCUCUAAUGUAGGGUGCUAUUGUAAUUUGGGAGACACAAAAGGUUAUUCCUUCAUUGUUACUGUCAUUGUAUUGGCAGUGCGCUAUUUAUCCACAUGGUGAUCCAACUGCCUAUAAAUACCCCUGAACGUCCUCAACAGCCUACCAUCUUCUCCUAAAACUUUCUCUCUGUUCUCUCUCUGCCUCUUGGCUAUUGUUACAAGUUACUUUCUUUGAAGCGGGCAAUGGCAAGAAAACCGAGCAUUGUGAUGCUCUCUCUUUCGAUGAUGCUUCUUUUACUAGUACAGAACAACGCUACCAUCACCGAGGCUCCAACUCCACAGCCGCAACAAAGCACAAACGGCUUUCCCAUGCAUGGUGUCACUCAAGGCAGCCUUCAUCCUCAGGAGUGUGCGCCCCGUUGCACGACUAGAUGCUCCAAAACAGCUUACAAGAAACCCUGCAUGUUCUUCUGCCAGAAAUGCUGUGCCAAGUGCUUGUGCGUGCCUCCAGGAACAUAUGGAAACAAGCAAUUCUGCCCCUGCUACAAUAACUGGAAGACCAAGAGAGGAGGACCCAAGUGCCCCUAGGAUGUCUUGGCUACAUUUGUGCCGCCUUGUCUGACUCUAUUUAUUUAGUAGUAACUCAGUUAUUUAUUCAACCUGUUAGUUUGGUGUCAUUAAUUACUUUAGAUCCACUUAGGAUACACCAUUGGGCCUAUAAUUUGUUAUUUUUCUGUAAUGCUAACAUCUAAAGGUCCACAAAAUUAUUUGUAUGUGUCAUUGUGUAGAUCCACAAUCUCACAAAGAUUUGAUGGGUUGGUGUGCUGAGAUGUAACACGGUGUAUGGCCUUGAUUUCCGGAAUGUAAAAGUAAGACAGUUUGUCCCUUUUGGA